GCCACAACUAUCCUCUCUAUGAAAGCUUGCUGCAGCCGCUUUCAAACAAAGCAAUCAUCCAAACAAAUUGACCCAUGUCAAAAAUAGUCAUGUAGGUGCUAUUGUACUGGCAUGAAUAAUGUUACAUUAAGUACAGCUAGCAUACCAGAGUUCAACCAAACACUUCACACACAACCAUGACUUCACUUCCCUCUGAUGAUUCCACUAUGAGAGUCAUAGAGCAAAAGCACUUUCACCUUGAGGAUACUAAUGAAAUAGAGAGGUUCCAAUGGGUGCUCAAUCCUCCCAACCCACCACCUCUAUGGAAGAAGCUAUUUAGUCCACUCAAAGAUACCAUGCUCUUUUUCUCAUCCAAGAACAAAAAUUGCAUUGGACAUGCAGUUUCGUUCUUGGAGUGUUUAUUCCCAAUCCUUAAUUGGUUCAAAAAUUACAAAGCUUCCAAGUUUAAGGAUGAUUUGCUAGCAGGUUUAACACUAGCCAGCCUUAGCAUACCUCAGAGUAUUGGAUAUGCUAAUUUAGCAAAACUUGAUCCUCAAUAUGGCCUCUACACCAGUGUUGUUCCUCCUCUUAUCUAUGCUCUAAUGGGGAGUUCAAGAGAAAUUGCAAUUGGACCAGUAGCUGUGGUGUCGUUGCUGCUAUCCUCUUUGGUCCCAAAAGUGGUAGAUCCUGCUAUGGAUCCUGUUGCUUACAGAAACGUUAUCUUUACUGUGACCUUAUUUGCUGGAAUCUUUCAAGCUGCAUUUGGAGUUUUCAGGUUGGGCUUUCUUGUGGAUUUUCUUUCACAUGCUGCACUUGUAGGAUUCAUGGCUGGCGCAGCCAUCAUUAUUGGUCUUCAGCAGCUCAAAGGGUUGCUGGGCCUUAAUCACUUUACCAAUAAAACUGAUGCAGUAUCCGUGUUGGAAUCUGUAUAUAAGUCACUCCAUUAUCAAAUUACAUCAGCAGAAAAGUGGUACCCUCUGAAUUUUGUCAUCGGGUGUUCAUUCCUGAUUUUCCUCUUAAUUGCUAGAUUUAUUGGCAGAAGAAACAAAAAACUUUUCUGGUUUCCUGCAAUUGCUCCUCUUCUAUCAGUUGUAUUAUCAACUUUAAUUGUGUAUUUAUCAAAAGCUGAUAAGAAUGGGGUGAAUAUAAUAAAGCAUGUCAAAGGAGGCUUAAAUCCAAGUUCGGCUCACCUGUUACAAUUCGAUGGUCAAUAUGUUGGUCAAGCAACUAAAAUUGGAUUGAUUUCAGCCGUUAUUGCUCUAACUGAAGCAAUAGCUGUUGGUCGAUCUUUUGCUUCAAUUAAAGGAUACCAUCUUGAUGGGAACAAAGAAAUGCUAGCAAUGGGAUGUAUGAACAUUGCAGGAUCUCUCACUUCAUGCUAUGUGGCAACUGGUUCUUUCUCAAGGACUGCAGUGAAUUUCAGUGCAGGAUGUGAAACAUCAAUAUCAAAUAUUGUGAUGGCUGUUACUGUGCUUCUUUGCCUUGAAUUAUUUACAAGGCUUUUAUACUACACUCCUAUGGCCAUACUUGCUUCUAUCAUUCUCUCUGCACUUCCUGGACUAAUUGACAUAAAGGAAGCUCACUAUAUAUGGAAGGUUGACAAAUUAGACUUUCUUGCUUGCAUUGGUGCUUUCUUAGGCGUCUUGUUUGUAUCAGUGGAAAUUGGUCUUCUUAUUGCAGUGUCAAUCUCAUUUGCAAAGAUACUAAUACAAUCAAUUCGACCUGGUAUAGAAGUUCUAGGUAGAGUUCCAAGAACAGAAGCUUUUUGUGAUGUUAGUCAAUAUCCCAUGGCCAUAAGCACUCCUGGCAUCUUGGUGAUUCGCAUAAGCUCUGGCUCACUCUGCUUUGCCAAUGCUAAUUUUGUGAGAGAAAGAAUUCUGAAGUGGGUCACGGAAAAAGAAGGCAAGCUUGAAGAAACUGCCAAGGGAGUGGUCCAAGCAGUAAUCUUGGACAUGACCAACCUGAUGAAUGUUGAUACUUCGGGCAUCCUAGCAUUGGAGGAACUGCACAAGAGGUUGCUUUCUCGUGGCGUACAAUUGGGUGUGGUGAACCCGAGGUGGCAAGUAAUUCACAAGCUGAAAGUGGCACACUUUGUGGAUAAAAUGGGAAAGGAAUGGGUUUUCCUAACUGUUGGUGAAGCCGUAGAUGCAUGUCUGGCCUCUAAAUUCCCGGACCCAUGAUUUGGGGCCUUGUCUGUAAUACAGUGCAUGAUUGCAUGAUUGCCUGUCUAAGUCCGUAAAGUGGUGCAUUACAUUGUCUUACGUAAAAUGCAAUGACAUUUGGGAUUGUGUUUGUGCCC